AUGUCGUCGCUGCCAAUUCGUGAUCUUAACGAUCUCCCUGAAGAUCCCAGCUUGAAAGAAACAGAGUCGCAAUCGCAGUCACAAUCUAACCCCCAACAACAGGCCGGAGCGGUACCAUCUUCGCCCUUAUUCUUCCCAUCUUCCUCCAACCCUCCCUCUGAUGCACCCCAAUCACAAUCCAACGCCCACACGCAGAGUCAAAGGUCGAGAAUUGGAGAUGUCUCGUCUCCUUUGCACUACUCAUCAUCCACCCACUACACAUCAGAUAACCAGAACGCUGGUUCUUCCAGAGUAAGAUCGGACAGAAUAACGAGUGAUGUGGACAGAAUCGUCAGAAGACACAACAGAAGUGACUUACAGGACAGCACUUCGUCUCCUAUGAGAAGAAGAGUCAUCACCGAGCAUAGAACCGGUGCUCAUGGUCACAGCAGUAGUAGUAACAAUAACCCUUCGUCCGUGAUAGGAAUUUCGUCAUCGUCCGAUCCUAUUGACGGCAGUAACGACGAGCCAGUCAGAGUGAUCUGGGGGACCAAUGUUUCCAUCCAAGACUGCUCCAACACCUUUAGAGACUUCUUGAUGUCUUUCAAAAUGAAGGACAGGAAGAUUCUUGAUGAACAACAUCAACUAAUUGAUCCGCAAGAAGAUAAUGAAUUGUACUAUAUAAACCAAUUGAACAAUAUGAGGGACCUUGGUGUCACCAACUUGAACUUGGACGCCAAGAACUUGCUUCUGUAUCCCUCUACCAGGAAAUUGUACUACCAGUUGAUCAACUACCCUCAAGAAGUGAUCCCAAUCAUGGAUCAAACGGUUAAAGAUUGUAUGGUUUCGUUGGUUAUGGACAACAACAACAACUUUAGCGGAGAAAACAAUAACGUGGAUGAGAUCGAAACAAACAUAUACACUAUCCGUCCCUACAACAUCAAUGCCAUUGAAAGGGGUAUGAGAGAGUUAAACCCCAAUGAUAUCGACAAAUUGGUCAGCGUUAAGGGUUUGGUUCUUAGAGCUACUUCAAUCAUCCCAGAUAUGAAAGUUGCGUUCUUCAAGUGUAACGCUUGUGACCACACAAUUGCCGUAGAGAUAGACAGAGGUGUUAUUUCAGAGCCAACAAAGUGUCCUAGAGAAGUGUGUGGUCAGACCAACUCAAUGAUGAUUAUUCACAAUAGAUCAUCCUUUGCUGACAAGCAAGUCAUCAAAUUACAGGAAACUCCAGACUUGGUACCUGAUGGACAGACCCCUCACUCCAUUAACUUAUGUGUGUACGACGAAUUGGUCGACAGUUGUAGGGCAGGAGACAGAAUUGAAGUAUGUGGUAUAUUUAGAUCUUUACCUGUUCGUAUUAACUCCAAGCAAAGAGCUUUAAAGAAUUUGUAUAAGACGUACUUGGAUGUGGUCCAUAUCCAGAAAAUUGAUAAGAAGAGGGUUGGGGCAGAUGUCUCUACCUUGCCAAGCAGUGAGAAACUUGAAAUACAAAAACAACAGAAGCUGUCCGCAGAAUCUUCUCUUGCAGAAGUUGAAGAUGUCAGACCCAUUACUGACUCGGAAAAGGCCAAAAUUAAAGAGAUCAGUGAAAGACCUGAUCUUUAUGAGGUGUUAGCAAGGUCUUUGGCACCAUCUAUCUAUGAAAUGGAUGAUGUUAAAAAAGGAAUAUUGUUACAGCUAUUUGGGGGAACUAAUAAGACAUUCACUAAAGGUGGUAGAUAUAGAGGUGAUAUCAAUAUCUUGCUUUGUGGUGACCCAUCGACUUCCAAAUCUCAAAUAUUACAGUACGUCCAUAAGAUUGCACCCCGUGGGGUUUACACAUCCGGUAAGGGUUCAUCUGCCGUUGGUUUAACUGCCUACAUCACCAGAGAUAUCGAUACUAAGCAAUUAGUAUUGGAAAGUGGUGCAUUGGUGUUGUCUGACGGUGGUAUAUGUUGUAUUGAUGAGUUUGACAAGAUGAGUGACAGCACCAGGUCUGUGCUUCAUGAAGUUAUGGAACAACAAACCAUAUCUAUUGCCAAGGCUGGUAUUAUUACCACAUUGAAUGCCAGAACUUCAAUUUUAGCAUCUGCAAAUCCUAUAAACUCGAGAUAUGAUCCCAAUUUGCCAGUUACGGCGAAUAUUGAUUUACCUCCACCUCUUUUGUCAAGAUUUGACUUGGUUUACCUCAUCUUAGAUAAGGUUGACGAGAAAAUUGAUAGGCAAUUGGCAAGGCACUUGACUGACAUGUACUUAGAAGAUACUCCAGACAAAGUCAAUGCUAACUUUGUUUUACCUGUGGAGUUUUUGACUUUAUACAUUCAGUACGCUAAGGAAUACUACAAUCCGGUGAUGACUGAAGAAGGUAAGCAAGAGUUGGUCAAGUGUUACGUCGAGAUGAGAAAAUUGGGGGACGAUUCCAGAUCAUCAGAAAAGAGAGUCACUGCCACCACCAGACAGCUUGAAUCUAUGAUUAGAUUGAGUGAAGCUCACGCCAAGAUGAGAUUGUCUGACAGAGUGGAAUUGAGUGAUGUGAAGGAAGCCGUCAGAUUAAUGAAAUCUGCUAUCAAGGAAUAUGCCACUGAUCCAAUUACCGGUAGAAUUGAUAUGGAUAUGGUUCAGACUGGUACUACAUCUGCUCAGAGGAAGAUGCAAGAAGAUUUGGAAAAGGAAAUCUUGAAUAUCUUGAAUGAAUCCAAUAAUAACAUCAAAUUCAAUGACUUGGUUCAGAAAUUGAACGAAAAGGUUGCGUUUAGAAUUGAGAACUCUGAAGUGAAUGAGAGUGUUAGAAGAUUACAGCAGGAAGGGAAGGUGAUAGAGACUGGAGAUAGUCACAGGAGAACUAUUAGAAAGAUAGCAUUGCAAUAG